AUGCUAAUACUGUGGCUGUUAUGGCUAUCUUUCCCACUGCCUUCAAUGGGUCAGUGGGACGCGUUGGACUGGAUGUACAAGCCUUUCAUUACUCGACCUGAUCGAGUAUUUUCCAUCACCAUGGGAGCUUUACGUGCCGGUCAGCCUGCUGUCAUCUACACCUUUGGCACACAACCAAUGAACAUCACCUACACGUUGUUUGAGAAGGGCCAAUACUCUGUGGAGCAAGAGGAUGGGAGGGAACAUCAGUUCGCUGUGUCCGAACCGGUCGGAGAAAAUUUGCAUCUUGUUCGGCACCUAUACAACUACUCAAAGCAAUCGAAGAUGUGGUCGGAUAUGUUUAUCCGGUUAAACAUUCAGAUAGAGAACAGAACUGAACCGGUGCGUUACUAUCACCAAGUGACGGUGGAUGACAAUCAGGAUUUGUUUCUUAUCGAAACAAGCAAACCAACUUAUCGACCUGAUGAGAUUGUCUGGUUCAGUGUUGUCUGUCUGCAGCCCAGACAUUGGAGCCUAAUCGGUGGUGAGGAUUUUGGAAAUGUAUCUGAACCCCGAUUCUCCAUCACGGUAAACAGCAGCGAAACCAAUACGGUCGUCUAUCGUUGGGAUAACCUUACAGCCUCUCAAUCAAAGAAAUUAUCCUUUCGUGUGCCCGGCAACUCCAGCCAAGGAAUGUGGACGAUCAGUGUGAAUGCGACUGGCAGGCUGGAGUCCACAUCCUUUUUAGUGCUAGACCGGAAAGAUCUCAUGCCUACGAUUCGAUUCCAGCCAAUACUUUGGACAAAACCUCCGUUAUAUGGCUCUAUUCAAGUCGGCUUUUGUGCUAACCAGACUGAUGGAAGACCCGUCGAAGGCCCAGUUAAACUUAUGCUCUGUCAUUGCACUGUCCCCACGGUCCAACGGAACGAAAAAGAUCUUUCUUCACCUUUGACAGCAAACUUCACAGAAGCUCUGAUUUCACGUGAGUCCUGUCCGACCAAAGAUGAGUCAUUGAAACACCGACCCUGUGCAGUUCGUGAUGAAGUUAUACGGGAAACUAAUGGUUGCCUCAAGCAUUCAUUUGAAUGGAAUCCCACUGUAUUUGAUCGAAUUUCCUCCACCGAUGACUCAAACUUUAUCCUCUGUGCUCGUGUAUUUGAUGCACCAACAAAUCAAUUUUACUCGCUCUGCGAAGAUCUAGCUUCCACUAUAGCCGAUCGUGCUACUAUCAUCGUUAACCCAUUCUAUAAAUACGGACUACCCAUGGUCGGAUUUGCUAAAAUACCGCCUCCUUUGGUUUCGACGGACAUGAAAUAUGUUUUUAAAAUGUCCUACUCUAAGGAUUCAUGCAAAUUGGGAAACAAAUUAUCGGAUUUGUGGUUACCAAGGGACAUUUCAGCAAAUACCGUGCUUGGCGAAGAGUUUUCCAGGGCAGAACACAGUCAGAUUCAGCUCGAUGCACAUGAAGAUUUAGUGGCCAGAUUUACUGUACCACCAAUCUUUUCCGAUUCGCCAAUGCUGGUGGAUGUCCGUCAGCUAGCUCCAGGGUUGUUCUUUGAAACCAUCGAUGAUGCAGUCAAACUGUUUCCCGCUCAUGAGACUACUUAUGAAGCAAUACAACUAUGGCCCUCGCCUCUAGAACCAAUCAGUGCUGAGUGCGAGCCAGUCGUGAACUUAUCGAUCAUUGGAAACACGAAACUGACUGACAAGCAAUGGUUCGUAUUUGCCAUUUCUAGAGGAACGAUUAUAGAACUCGACCUUGUAGACACUGAAGAACAACUGCAGGCUGACUUCAUGUGUCAGGAGCAAAAUGGUCCACUCGGACACUAUGUGUGUCUGAACGAAAGUGAUGUUCAGAAUGAUACCGUCGAAUGCCUGCUUGGAUGGCAGGGGAUUGGCUGUUUGGAACCGGUCUGCUCGCCCCAUUGUAAUCCACAAUCUGGGUAUUGUACAUUACCUUACGAAUGUCGGUGCCGUUCCGGCUGGAGAGGUGACGGGUGUAACCAAUGUGAGAAUUGCUGGGAUCAAGUGUGUCACACACCACAUGGCCUAGUCCAGUGGGACUGUGGGUUGAUGAGUAAUCAAACGCUUGGAACAAAAGCCCAGGUGGAGUCACAAAGAUCCUCAGUCUACUCUACCAGGUUUAUUUUUCAACGAAAUUUGACUGUAAAAUUACCACCGAAUGUGUUUGGUGAAUUGAAAUUUGUUGUCUUCUAUUUUCAUCAUUCAGAGAAUGGCGUAAUUGAACCUAUUUCUACGCGUGGUGUGAUCCGUCGCCCGGAAUACUGUCCCAGGCCUCACGAAGACGCUUCCGUCAAGUUUAACCGCACACAUGCUUUACCUGGUUCGCCAGUUCAGGUCGUUGUGCUGCCUGACAAGUCCGUACUGGAUGAGUACGCAGUGUGCCAUGUGAGGGUCUGGGAUGAGCGCUUGUUAGCACAAAAUGAAGACCGUCAGAAUCUCCUGUAUGUCGACGCCUAUGAGAAACGGUUUAAACAGAACUCAGAUGGCGUAACAUCUCAGCAAGUCCUAUCCGGCCAGUUCUACGAUUUCCACACCUUUGGUUUCAGCCUAGGAGCCAUGCCGACGGAUUCAUAUGGCGGAUGUGAUGUACAACGGAAUAGGAAGGAGUUGCCAGAGCAAGUUGUCCGCGCGAGAACGGACAAUUGGCACACUGACCAUGUGUUGUACGAGGUUGGAACACCUGAAGUUUUACAAAACUUAACAGCUGAUGAAGAGACACUCAACUGGGGGCUACGGUAUUCAUUCACCGUUCCUCAAACAGGUUACCACUUACGAGCAAGUGCAUUCUGCUAUGGCAAAGAAAAAGGAGUCUGGAGCUCCAUGUCUAUGCCGCUGUUGAUUGACGAUGCUAUCGGUUUUCAACUCACAUCUGUUGCUAGUAUGGAUCUCUUGGAAACCACCAACCUUCAGAUUUCCCUAUUCAUUCACGGACCAUUCCAGAAAAACAACUGUAUCAUAUUUUCUAUAUGGAUUAAAUUUGAUGAACGAAUCCUUUCGUUCAGUGGACCAACAGCGUUUUCUUCCCCCUGCAUUUGUAACCGCACAGUGGAAAGAAAGUUUGCCACACAGUUUACUGCCAAAAUCCCUGAAGAGACGCUGAUCAAGGCCGAACUGUUUUUGCUUCCUCAAAACUCCGGUUGUGAUACCAAGCCAAACACAGCUGAUUAUAAUCAGUCGAGGAGUAUGAAGCCGAUACGAACCAUAGUCAGACGGAUAAGAGUCCGUCCAAGCGAGAAUCCCCAACGUACCGCAACUGUUCUGAAGUGCUUCACUGCACCGGAUCACAGUGAGUCAUUGCCAGUUGAUAUCAAGCUCCCAUCUUCUGAGCCAGAUGAUGACGAACAUACGGAUUUCGGGUCUACCUAUUUUAGCUACAGUGGAAAUGUAGUCGAUCCUAUACUAAGAAAUUUUCAGCAUUAUGAUCAGAAGCCUCUGCUUACAGCCCAUGACAGUCUAGCGGCUCUGUCAACAGCAAUUCAGUCAUUAAAUCACCUGGCAUCAUAUAAUCAUGACCCAGCGACAACCAGCCAAUCACGGGCGACGAAGAUCAAUAGUGCGAUUCAUUCUGCUUUUGUCAGAUUAGCUUCGUUCAAGACAUAUCCAGGCCGGCUAAACAACAGUAUGGUGUAUGCCGAGACUGGUCUUGCGUCUGAUCCGAAGCUGAACCUUCUAGUCUAUCGUGCGCUGAAUCAUCUUGAACGAAGUCCAUCUGCCCGAGCACCAAGCAUGACCGUCAUCUUGAGAUCAGAACUGGACGGUCUGUUUCGCGAAUUCAACGCCACAUAUCCUGUAUCAGACUGUCACAGCAGCAACAGUAAUCAGACGUUAGAUGAAAUGAAACUCUCGUUCCUGUCACAGUGGUACAUCGCGUUGAAGGAAAGUUCCUACGAACCGAGCUAUCGAGAACUGUUGGAUCGGAAUAUCGAAGCUACUACACAUCACCUGGCAACCUGCUUAGCAUUGUUUGCUCAUCGUGAAUAUAGUCAGACCUCAGGUCGUUUGGAGCGAUUCAGGACAUCUAGUCUGGCCAAUCUAGCCUACGCGCUGUCCCUCAUUGAACCGAAUCUUGAUUCGCUAACCAAAAUACUCGAUAUUGUCCUUCGNAUUCGCUAA